GGAUGGUAAUGAUGACAGAACUGGUUGAAAGUGCCUAUCUUUGCUCCAUACGGUGGGCAGUAUCCCAAGGUGUUAUGAUGAAGGGGAUCGUUCCAAUCGAACUUCACGGUUGAGGUCUGGGAAUGGUAGCUACAAGGACGAUUGAAGAACACGAAACUAUUCUUACCGUUCCAUCAACAUUGAUGUUGACAAUUGACUCUGUCCCUCAGACAUUCACCGAACUAUUCCCUAAGAGAACGCCUAUACAUCGAAUUCUCGCAGCAUUCCUUACACACGGAGAAUCCUAUUUCCUGGAAAAGUGGAAUGCGUGGCAUUCAACUUGGCCUAGUCUUCAGAGUUUCAGAGACUGCAUGCCUAUUCUAUGGCCUGAGUUCCUUCAGUCGUCAAAAAUAUUCUCGAAAACCAAAAAAAAGCGAAUUCAAAUAGCAUGGGAAUGUGUGCUUCAGCAGUUUCCGGACACAAACUGGGAGAUCUUUUGCUAUAACUGGCUCAUUAUUAACACGAGGAGUUUUUACUAUGUGACACCAGGGCAAGAUGAGCCAGAGGAUUGGAAUGAUGCUGUUGGCCUGGUCCCUAUCGCAGAUUACUUUAAUCAUGCGGAUGACGCGAACUGCAUAGCAAUGUUCGACCAACAGGGUUAUACCAUCAAGACAACCCGACGCAUCGAAGAGGGCGAGGAAGCAUACAUCAGCUAUGGUUCGCAUCCCAAUGACUACCUUUUUGUUGAAUAUGGCUUUUUCUUAGAUCAUAGCCAAUCAGAUGCUAUAUUCUUGGAUGAUAUAGUAUUCCAAGACCUUACAGCAGCUGAGCAGGAGGAGCUGAAACUCUAUGAUUUGUAUGGAAACUAUAAAAUCACGAAAAAUGGUGCUUGUUCUCGGGCUAAAGCUGCUGCGUGUAUAAAAUUCAUGGAUCGAGAAAAAUGGCGGGGACACGUUCUAUACAAUUUCACACAGGGCAUUGAUGCAAAGAAGAUGGCAAAGAUCUUAAGUGUUUGGGUUGACUUACCCCUAAAAGAGAGCAUAAAGGCAAUCCGAGCUCUGGAAACCCUCGAAACGAAAGAUACUUCAGGCUAUGCUGAGGAUGAACAGAGGGUGUCUGCCGCUGCAAAGGUCUCCACCGUUUUGAAGAGAUGGUACCAUAUUAGAACUCUGUGUGAGGCUACGCUGCACUCAAUCAACAUACUUCAGGAUGUAUAA